UUGCCAACCACUUCUUUAAUACACGUAGUCAAUAAUGUGGUUAAUAAAUGUGGUCUACAUCACCUUGAGUUAUAUUCAAAGCAUCACCUUGAGUUAUAUUCAAAGUGCAUGGUUCUCUGAUCUCUUCAUAUAAAAUAUUUUGGGAGAGAGCCCACAAUCACAAAGGACGAAAGCAAUGACAAUUUCUGGCACUUGCUAAUCACUUUGAUUAAUUGCUAAUUAACAUCAACCACUGCAUCACAGAUAAUCUUCAAACAAAUGUCAAUAUAUAAAACGUUGCACUUCAAUUACAGCCUCAGCAGUAGAAUUAAGUGCUGCAUUCUUUUCUUGUUCAUCAGUCAGUAUUGGAGUUUACCAAGAAGGUAAGCUGAGCUGCAAGAAGAAGAAGUUUGUGUGCCAACAAUGGCGGACGAGGAGGUUGUUGUUUUGGGGUUCUGGCCAAGCACGUAUGGGACGAGGGCAACGAUAGCUCUGGACGAGAAGGGUGUCAAGUAUGAGUACAGAGAGGAGGACUUGAGUAACAAGAGCUCACUGCUUCUGCAGAUGAACCCGGUUCUCAUCCACAACGGUAAACCGGUCUGUGAGUCCCUCAUCAUUGUGCAGUAUGUUGAUGAGAUUUGGAGGGAUAAAGCUCCUCUGCUUCCCUCUGAUCCUUACCAGAGAGCUCGUGUCAGAUUCUGGGCUGAUUUCAUUGAUAAGAAGGUAUUUGAUGCUGGGAAGAAAUUAUGGAGCACAAAAGGAGAAGAACAUGAAGCAGCCAAGAAGGAAUUCAUCGAAAUCCUUACGCAGUUGGAAGGAGAGAUUGGAGACAAGCCUUAUUUUGGGGGUGAGAGGUUUGGGUUCCUAGACAUUGCUCUCAUCACAUUCUACAGCUGGUUUUAUGCAUUUGAGACCUUUGGAAACUUCAGAUUAGAGGCAGAGUGCCCCAAGCUGAUUGAAUGGGCCAAAAGAUGCACGCACCGGGAGAGCGUAUCGAAAUCUCUGGCCGACCCUAAGAAGGUGUAUGACUUUCUUCUUGGUAGGAUAGCGGGAUAGAAUAGGCUGCUAGCCAGCAUAUUAUCACCAUAGGAGGUCCUGCAAUCAAAUGUUAGGCUGUGUUUCUUCUGUUUUUUCUUUUUCCUUUCAGCUUUGUUUUUCCAGUGAGAGAUCCUUUGGUUUUGUGUCUAAAUUAUGUUUUUUUAGCUGCUUGUUGAUAUUUGAAUGGCUCAAAAUCCUUUGAUAUAAAAAGUUCACAGCAAUUUGAUAAUUUGA